UGUCCGAAUUCUCAGUAAUCGUCUCCAACCUCUACCGGGAGAACUCAGUACCUGUGGAUAAACGCGGUUCAAAUGGAGUUUCUUGGGGUGGACUUUAGCUGUGCAUUUGGAUCGCUUAGCAACGGCAAGUUUCCGGAAAAAGACUGUUUGCUUCCUCUAAUAUCAAAGCUCCUCGGCUACUGCAUCGUCGCUGCCUCUACCACCGUCAAAGUCCCUCAGAUAUUAAAAAUUUUGAAGCACAAAAGUAUCAGAGGGCUUAGUCUUGUAGCAUUUGAACUUGAAGUAGUUGGUUAUACCAUUGCUUUGGCCUACUGUCUUCACAAAGGGCUUCCAUUUUCAGCUUAUGGGGAAUUGGCAUUUCUUCUAAUCCAAGCUUUAAUCUUAGUGGCAAUAAUGUACUAUUUUUCUCAACCUCUGCGGACCACCACAUGGAUUAGGGCUUUGCUAUAUUGUGGUGUAGCACCUACUAUCUUAGCCGGUCAAAUUGAUCCCAUUCUGUUUGAAGCUUUAUAUGCAUCCCAGCAUGCAAUUUUUUUCUUCGCCAGACUCCCACAAAUUUGGAAGAACUUUAAGAACAAAAGUACAGGGGAGCUCAGCUUUAUAACCUCUUUUAUGAAUUUUGGAGGUUCAAUGGUAAGAGUUUUUACCAGCAUCCAGGAAAAAGCUCCAACAAGUGUUGUUUUUGGCUCUCUACUUGGUAUCUUGACUAAUGGUACCAUCAUGAGCCAAAUAAUGAUAUAUCAGAAGCCACCUACAAAGACAGAGAAGAAAACAGAAUAGAAGAAGAAUGAGACGGCAGCAUCCUUCAACAUUUUCAGUCUUCCAAGACGUCGUUUAGCAUCCUCCAUUGGGUGAAAAGUUCCAAAUUUCUUCUGCCAAUUUUAUUUACUUAUCACUUUGCUGACAGGCAUCUUUUUAAAUUUAUACUGAUUUUGUAAUGAUAAAUAUCUUGCUUACAUAGAUGUCAAUUUUAAAAAUCUAACAGCUGCUGAUGUAAAACAUGUUCUAAAUGUGUUUCUGGGGAUUUGGCUCCUCUCCCACUGUCAUGUAAGAAUGACAACAUCGUAUCCUUCAACCAGAUGAACUACUUUCGAGUGUUUGUUUUAUGUUUAAAACAGCACGCUUAUG